AUGCUGUUUCAGUUAUCUUUCUGCGAGCAGCACGAUGGUUCAAAUUGUAAAACUUCAAGUGUGGAUGGUCCUGGUCCUACUGAGUGGCUGCUGGUUGAACUCCAGGGGGAGAUGAUGUCCAGGCAGAACUCUGGAUUGGCUGGGAACCUGAUGGGAGAUCUGCUAUACACCACCCAGGGUGUACCUGUGCUCAUUGUGGGACAACCACAUCCUCUAUGGAAGGUGGUCAAACUGGAGAAGCCCUUCGCUGUCCUGAUGAAACACUCUGGCCUCUCCACAGGGGGAGAAGGUUCCAUGGAAAUCAACCAGCAGAACCCCACCACCUACUCUAUUUCCGCCCUCAUCAAGAAGAAGCUCAUCUUCAAUACUCGCCCAAAGCCCAUCAUCACUAAUGUGCCAAGAAAGUUCUUUUUCUUCGUUUUGUGCCUAACGACCUUGACCCUGGUCACCUCUGUGGGAGCAAAGGACAUGCUGCACUCUUAA